GUCUAGAAAAGGUGGAAAGAGGGACAACAUCCAAACAAAUAUAUCCAAAACGUGCAGCCUGACGAGGUUCAGGUCGACCACGCGUUAUUCCCGAGCGGCAAUCCAAAGUUCUCCUUGAGAUCCUCCAUGCUGCUGCCGCCGCCGCUGCUGCUGGCCUCCUAUGGGCAUCACUCACGCACACGCUCACGCGUAGACACACGCACACUCACAUGCAGUCAGGACACGGCUACGCUCAGGAGCUCAGGUCAGUGGUGUGAGAGGAGGUGCGGGAGGAGGAGGGGGAUGCGUGCCGCCUCUGCGAUCACGGACGGGUUCGCCUCCGCGCAACGUCAAGACAGAAAAAACGAACACCGGAAAACACACGGCGUUCCACUUCCGGUGAUACCUGCGUUGUUUCUAUGUCGUGUCAUGCCUGAGGGGAUGGCAGGACGUGGGCAAGACUACCUUACACAAGAUCCAACUACUUUGAAAGUCGCUAGUGGAGAAUGAGGCACGGGACUUCCUGCGAAAGUUUGAUGAGGAGGCCAGUGAGCGUAUGUAUCAGUACUCACUGGCAUCAUGGGCCUACAACACCAACAUCACAAAGGAGAACUCAGAGAAAUUGUCAGAACAGGGUCAAAUGUGGGGCAAGUUCUACACUGAAAGGUCAGACCAUGCUCAGAAAUUCCCCAUUAAGGAAAUCAAGGAUCCUCAGAUUAAAUUGCAGCUCAUCACACUACAAGACAAAGGUGCUGGUGCUCUGUCACAGGAUAAAGGUUCACACCUGAGCAAGAUCAUGAGCGACAUGAGUACAAUCUACAGCACAGCAACUGUAUGCAUGAUGGACGACCCUCUUAACUGUCAGACUUUGGAGCCAGUCCUGGAACACGUGAUGGCCACCAGCCGCAACUAUUCGGAGCUUCUGCACGUGUGGGAGGGAUGGAGGAGGGAGGUGGGGAAGAGGAUGAGGCCGCUCUAUGAAGACUAUGUGCUUCUGAAGAACGAAGCUGCAAAACUGAAUGGGUUUGAGGACUAUGGCGCUUACUGGAGAUAUAACUAUGAGACUAUUGAUGAGGAAAGUCCAUAUGAUUAUACCAGGGAUCAGCUGAUGGAAGAUGUUCGCUCCAUCUAUAAACAGAUCCUGCCCUUAUACAAGGAGCUACAUGCCUAUGUGAGGGCUAAGCUGAUGAAAGUACACAAAGGGCAUAUUGAUGAACAAGGACCUCUGCCAGCCCAUCUCUUGGGCGACAUGUGGGGAAGAUUCUGGACUAACUUGUAUCCUCUGUCAAUGCCCUACCAGGGUGAGAUUGAUGUCAGCAAAACAAUGGUGGAAAAGGGCUGGACUGAGCGCCGACUGUUUGAAGAGGCGGAGAAGUUUUUUGAAUCGGUGGGCUUGUAUAAAAUGUUUGACAACUUCUGGAACAACUCUAUGCUGGUGAAGCCUGCAGAUGGACGCAAGGUAGUCUGUCAUCCCACAGCCUGGGACAUGGGGAACCGAAAGGACUUUAGGAUCAAAAUGUGCACUCAAGUCAACAUGGAGAACUUUCUGACUGUCCACCAUGAGAUGGGCCACAACCAGUACCAGAUGGCUUAUCGGAACUUGUCCUACCUCCUGAGAGACGGUGCCAAUGAGGGUUUCCACGAGGCCGUUGGCGAGAUCAUGUCCCUGUCUGCUGCCACACCUAAGCACCUGCAGAGCCUUGACCUCCUGCCUUCUAACUUCACCUAUGAUAAUGAGACAGAGAUGAACUUCCUGCUAAAACAGGCGCUCACCAUUGUGGCCACUCUGCCUUUCACCUACAUGCUGGAGGAGUGGAGGUGGCAGGUUUUUGCAGGAAACAUCCCACAGGAUAAAUGGAUGGAGCGCUGGUGGGAGAUGAAGAGGGAGCUAGUUGGCGUGGUGGAGCCCGUGCCGAGGGAUGAGACUUACUGUGACCCUGCUGCUUUGUUCCACGUCUCUGGAGACUAUUCCUUCAUCAGGUACUUCACAAGAACCAUUUACCAGUUCCAGUUCCAAAAAGCCCUUUGUCAUGCUGCCGGUCAGUCCGAUGCUUUGUCUUCGUGUGACAUCACCGGCUCAACAGCGGCAGGCACCAAGCUCAGGAACAUGUUAGAGUUGGGUCGGUCCCAGUCCUGGACCCGAGCUUUGCAUACAAUAUCUGGAGAUAUCAAGAUGGAUGCUGGGCCAUUGCUGGACUAUUUCCAAAAACUUUACGUUUGGCUGAAGGAGGACAACAUGAAACAUAACCGCAUUGUUGGCUGGGAUGCAGCAGUAGAUCCAUAUUCUGAUUAUGGCAUCAAAGUGAGGCUCAGUUUAAAAAUGGCCAUGGGUGAUGAAGCUUAUUCCUGGAACCCCAACGAGCAGUACCUGUUCAGGGCCAGCGUCGCUUACGCCCUGCGACAAUACUACAGCCAAAAGAACAACACUCUUCUCUUCACAGCAGACAACGUCAUAACUUACAAACAGACACCCAGGAUUUCCUUCUACAUUGUGGUGACCAACCCAAAUAAUCCAUCCGUAUACGUGCCAAGAGAAGAUUUGAAGGCAGCCAUACGACUAUCCCGAGGCCGAAUCAACGACGCUUUCCAGCUGGAUGACCACACACUAGAGUUUGAUGGUAUCCCGGCAACACUUUCACCUCCCGUGGAGCAACCGGUGGAGGUGUGGCUGGUUGUGUUUGGAGUGGUCAUGGGAGUGGUGGUGCUAAUGGGGCUCCUCCUCAUCAUCUCUGGCAUCAGAGAGCGUAGGAAGAAGUCGAAAAACAUGGGGGUGGAAAAUCCUUACGAGCCUGAGCCGGAGGGGCAGAUCAACAGAGCCUAUGAGGACACGAAUGAUGAACAAACCGGUCUCUGAGAAUUUUUUUCUCAUCUUGACCCAGCGGAAGAAAGGAAAAGUAACAUGAGCUCAUCAUCACUCUUGGGAGGUUAGGAAUAUUCAGUUUUUGGGCUGAGCCCGACUCUCUCUAACUUUUUGUGAAUAGUGUAUGUGUCACCAACAAUCCUGUGCAGCCGCCCACUUACGGCGUUGUAAAACACUCAAAGCAGUAUAAACGAGCAACACAGGUACCUUUAAAUAUAUUGCUAGGUUUCUUUCAUGUACACUUGUUGGCAUUGUUAAUGUGUGUUUAUCAGUGUUCAAGUUUUUCUCAGUUGCUUUGGUACAUUUCUCAGAUUAGGAUGGAAUUUUUCAAGACUACUUGUUCAAUUUUCACAUCAUUGUGCAACUUGUGCAGAUCAAAAAAGCAGUUUCUCAUUUCUUUGGACAU